ACGGGUCGCGUAUUUAAAUCAGUUCAGAGCGAGGCGCGCCCCAGAUCGGACGCGCAAAGGAAUCGUCGCGGUUGAUCUACACCCACAUCCGUGUCGCAGUCCGGCGCAGUCGCUAAGGAGCGUUCCGAGAUUUGGUAGCGUGUCUGCGAACGAGCCAUUCGAGAAAGCAGGUGGUGAUUAACAACAGACGGGCGACAACCAGUUCAUUUGCAGAACUGACUGACUGACUACGCAAAGUCUGCGGUGGUGGUGAUCGAUGAUUUUGAAAAAUUGCACAUAUUUGCCGUCCCGGGACAGAUACACACGGUGGCUUCCAGCAAUUCAUUGAAAGCGAUAUCUGUUUUGAAAUUUGUGUUUCGCGAUUAGAUUGCAAUGACAAUUGCAAAACCGCGAGUGCUGUCGGAACGGAAAAUCUGAAGAUAAGUGUAUAAAACUGAGUGCAUGACCUUUCAAACAAAAUGUGGGGAAAUCAGAUUAUAGAAAGAGAAAGUCUUGAACAGCUUGUCUGAUAGAUAAAGAAGAAGUAGAGUGCGGCGGUUGGUUCUAACGUUGGAGUUAAUUCGAUAUCCAUAUGAAAACAGAAGAGCGCAACAGUUACUGUGAGAAGAAUCGUUGCUUUCAAUACUUUAUGUGAUCAUGUGCUCUAUCAGUGUCUUGCAUAAUAAAUCAACCGCAUCAAAAGUUUCUCAGUGCUUUCAGAACAGCUGUUUGAAUCUGUGAUAUAAAGAAGUUGUAAAUAUAUUCUAAGGUUUCUUCUAACGGAGUCGAUCCGUUCUAGUGGUAUCCAGCAGAGAGCGGAAUGGCCAAACUCAGCUGCCUGAUCAUUCUGUUGGUAAUCAGUUUGGAUGUCACACACAGUUGGAGAUUUGACAGACUACCCAGACUGUAUGGAGACAAGCUGCCGGCGAAAGUGAUAUCACCGCGGGCGCGCAAAGUUCAACGCCGGAUCGUCGUGCUGCAUGAUUUCUUCCGCACCAAAGUCGUCCCGCCGGCUUCCAACAUGUUGAGUAUGAAGUGGCACUACGGAGCGGCUCGGUCGGCUCAGAAGUGGGCGGAUCAGUGCCGGUUGCUAACGCACGACAGCCCGAAGGGAAGGUGGAUAGACAACUACGGCGCGUGUGGUCAAAACAUCUUCGUCUCCACGCACAAGGUGCCAUGGUUGUUCGCCCUAAAAACGUGGUUCCAGGAGCGACAAAACUUCACUUAUGGAUCGCACAAAAACGAUUUGGUAGCGGUUGGGCACUACACGCAAAUGGUCUGGGCAGCAACGCAUAAAGUGGGCUGCGGACUGACCAAGUGCGCUCGCGGUGGUCCCCGGGGAAAGCCAUUCUACAACUAUGUGUGCAACUACUGUCCAAUCGGAAACCACGAAGAUAAACUGGGCACGCCCUACAGGCGAGGUAAACCGUGCGGUUCCUGCCACCAGCACUGCCACUCGAAAAAGAUUAAGCUGUGUACCAACACGUGUAGUUCGGCAGAUUUGUGGGCCAACUGCCGGGAGCUUUACAAAACGUGGCCCGGCUGGCUCUGUAAUACCGUCACACCGGAAGGGUUGGAACGACAACGGAGUUGUUUGGCCACCUGUACCUGCCAAGGAAAGAUUCAUGACUGAUGUCCGCCGGAGAAGGAAUUUGUUGUAGGAGUGUGCCAUUGUCACUACUCAGUACUCAUUGUCGAUGUGCCAUAUAAGUGUUGAUCAAUGCUCAUAGAUACAGUUCAUAAUCAUAACCAUGCAGAGCUGCGCUUUCAUAGAUAGUUUAGUUGUGAAGGUAUAUAUUACCUGAGAUUUUAUUGUAAAAAUUAAAUGUGAUGUUUUUAUAGUUUCAUGUUUUAUUUUUUGAGAAGAUGUUGUCUUGCAAUAUUCCCUGAGC